AAUUGUUUACCACAUUCAUGGUGGACACACCCAGAGACCACCGCGUCUCGUAUUUUCUUCCUUCUAUGCUUUGGUUUUCGUGUUGAGAUUUAUUGAAUAUGCAGAAAUGCGUGCCUGGCACUGCAGGAACCAAAUGAGGCAAGUAAGCACCAAGACCAACAAAUACGCGAAGAAGUGACCAACAUACAUACGGAGCAAGAAUAUAAUGAGGAUAUUACUGCUGUUCGUUUUCUUCUUCUUGUUAAUCUGAUUCGGUGGUACUUCUGAGAACUCUGAAUUGCAAAGAUGCAACCAAUAUUGAUCUACGCUUCCCUUGCGCUAUCCUGGGCCACGUUCUCGACACCAUGCGAGAUACCUACGACUCCACUCUCUGAUACCAUUCCCUCAUUCUUUAGAAUCCAGGUACAAAAUGCAUCAGAACCGGAAAUUCACAAUCUAUUCAUGAACCUCCUACCAGCUGGAGGAGGUGACAACCACUUGUUCGUAGGACCAGUCGGCAAUCCUACAUCUGACCUGAUCCUCACUUCAGGCUCGAUUGAAAAAGGGAUCAUUCAUGCCGUAAUUGGCGGGGAGGUAAGAACGGUCUUCAUUCUCCUUCACUAUGAAAUUCGAUAUGGAGAUGGCUAACUUGGGAAUUUAUCUCAUAGUUCUCUGAAAUUGACCAAACAACCAAAAUGUUUACUACUGAGCGCGGAGAUCCUAGAGCAAUCUUUGCUCCCACAUACGCGUGCAACCCAGACACCGAUAAACUACAAAUCGAAUUGAGGUUCGUGACAUGGCAAAACCAUCCUGCUGGAGGCUGGAUUUGCGUAAGACCAACAUUCCAGGAGGCCCAUGAGUUUCGUUAUUAUCCUCCGAGAAAUUCAUGUUCGUAUUUCCCUGUCGCUUACGUGAUAUUGUUAUCUUUUAUUGGAAUUUACUGACAGUCUUUCCACUUUAGUGGAGGAUCCCAACAGAAGGUGCAUCAAAGUCACACUCGUUGUUAUUCCAAGUGAUGGAGAUAGCACUAGUACAACCUUGAUUACAUCUACAAUUCCAUCGACAACAUCGUCCUCGCCUACGAUUUCAAUUCCAUCUUCAACUGCUGCUACUUCCGCUACUUCAACCGCCACAGGGACGCCACUACUGUAUACCGACAUGACAUCCAAGGGGUUUGCAUUUGUAGGGUGUGCACCAGAAGAGAGGAGAGUAACUGAUGCAGGCGGACGAACACUCCCAGAUCUUCUUUACGCAGAAGAUAUAAUGACGAAUGAAAAGUGCAUGGAUUUCUGUAGCUCAAGUGGCUUCAAAUACGCAGGAUCUGAAUGGAAUAGAGAGUGCUGGUGUGCCAACUCAUAUCUCUCGACUCGUCAGCCGGAAACAACAUUGACAAGUCUUGCGAACUGCAACUACAAAUGCUCAGGAGAUGCAUCGCAGUACUGUGGUGGGGAUGCGUGGUUGAGUCUUUACCAGGCCUGUACUCCAGGUUCUCCGUGUAUAAAUGCUGAGUUCGUUUGAUAGCCUUGCUUGCUGAGGUUUUGAUAUACGGUUUGGGCGUUUCGUAGGUAAACACACAUGUA